AUAUAUAUUUCUUUGACAUUAAAUGAUCUAUAUUUGUAAAAUGAAAUUAUACAUAUGAAACAAUUAAUUAGAAGAUGGAAAAUGAGAAAUCAACUGAAAUUAGGGUUUCAAAUUAACAAGUAAAGCACGGAAUUAGGACUCUCUAUUGUAGCUGUCGCCGAUAUUUCAGGUACGUUUGUGUUAAUUGACUUUUGUAUGUUAUUUCUUUUUAAAAUUCAAAUCUUUAUAUUGAUAUGAGGUCUGUUUUGAAUAUUCUUAUGCAUUAUAGUUGUGUGUAGAUGUGUUUUUUUGUUUUAUGUGUUCAUUUGAUUGAUACAGAUCUGAUAGUGGAGUUUUUAUGUGUGUGAUGGGGUGUUAAAAUUUGGGGGUUUUGUGUUGAGGGUUAAUUUGAGAUGGAAAAUAGUCUAGUGAAGGAAAGUGAUGCCGGGGUUUCGAAGAAAAAUGGGGCUGUUGAUGAUCAGAGAGUGGGUCGGGGGCGUGGGAAGGGUAAGAGUGGUGUUGGUGAUGAUGGUAUUAGGAAGAGGAAGAGUGGAGGAUAUGUUGGUUUGGAUGGUGUGGAGUCGAAGGUGAAGAGGACUAGGAAGGGUUUCAGUGAUGGGGGUGGGUCUAGUUCGGUAAAAUCUGAUGUCCCGUGUAUGGAUUCAGGUCAGAAGUUGGAUGGAAGCUAUGGGUUGGGUGGGUUUUCACCCAGUCUGGGUGGUGAUGGUAAUGAUAUUCAGGUUCCAAGAAAGCAGCGGGUAUUUGGCAGGAUUAAGAAUUCUUUGAAAAAACCAUUGGUGGGAUCAUCUAGCGUGGUUGAUCAGAAUGAUGAGCUGAACUCUGAUUAUAAGAGUGGCCAGACUGAUGCAAAAGGAGUAUUUUGGAGUGGUAGUAAGUGCGAUAAAGUGAAUGGAGGUGAUGCUUAUUUUAGAAGAGCGAGGAGAUAUGAGAAGAAAAGGAAGGGUUUGGAAUCAGGUAGUAUAAAGGACGAAGAAAAGGUUAAGCCUGCAGAUGAUCAUGGUAGAUGUAUUAGUGAUGAUUUCCAGGAUGACGAGGAAAACCUUGAACAAAAUGCAGCACGGAUGCUUUUAUCUCGAUUUGGUCCUUGGUGCACUGAUCCUUCAUCUGGAAGCAAAAAUGAAUUGAGUCAUCCUGGUGAAGAAAGUGUCAGUCACACAGGGAACUUGCAAGGUGGUUCCAAUUGCCCUUCUGCGGAUAAUGAUAGCAGGAUACUGAGACCACAGCAUGACAGCAAAGAGAAGGGAUAUCCUCGAAAGCGACGCCAUUUUUAUGAAAUUGUGUAUAGGGAAAAGGAUGCUCGAUGGUUUUUGAAGAAAAGGAUCAAGGUGUUUUGGCCUUUGGAUGAGAGGUGGUAUCAUGGACUUGUCAAUGAUUAUGACGAAGAGAGAAAGCUACAUCAUGUGAAUUAUGAUGACAGGGAUCAAGAAUGGGUAAAUCUUCAAGAUGAGCAGUUCAUGCUCUUACUUUUUCGCAGCGAACUUACAGACGUGAAAAAUGCACUACACUCUACCGAUGGUAAACUAAUUGACAAGAUUGGAAAAGAUUUAAAGAUGAAUGGAUUAGAAACCAACUCCGAUAUUCAUAUGGACUCAGAGCCUAUUAGUUCAUGGCUGACUCAUUCCUCUAGUCUAGCCAAAUCUUCUUCUGGUCUGAAAAAACAGAAAAAAUCACAUUCAUCUCACAAUGAAUUGCCACAAUUGUCUAGAAAUAUUGCAAAUGCACAUAGGACUUGUAAUAUAUGUUUUUUGGAAAAGGAAAAAAGUGAAGUACGUUCUUCUAAAUCUGGAGAUAGGUUAGCUGUUGACGCAAAUGGUAGAGAAUCAAUGCUGGAUAAAUUUACAAAUAUGAAAGAGAAUGGGUCACCGAUUGUCUAUUUCAGGAGGCGGUUCCGCAAAAAAGGGACUUCUUCAUUAGAAGCUGUUUCCAAUUUCUCGUCCUCUUGCCUUCCUGUUAAUAGUAAUGGACAGAGAAGUGUAAUGUCUGUUGCUGAUAAAUUCCAAAUUUGGGAAGAUAAAAAUAUUUGUUCUCAUAGUCAUGUCUUGGGCCCAGACAAGCUAAUGUGGUCAAUAGGUUGUGACGGCUUGCUGAAGCUGAACCCGGCCUUUUUGCCAUUUAAAGAAUUUGUUACUCAACUAAGCUUACCAGUCCGUCCUCUCCUGGGUAUAUCUGUAAUUGGUUCUGAAACUCUCUGCUUUAUCCAUUAUCUUUUGCUGCGGGAAUCUGGUUCAAUUGUGACUACAUGGCCUAAUGUUUACUUAGAGAUGCUUUUUGUCGACAACGAAGUUGGUUUACGGUUUUUCGUAAUUGAAGGCUGCCUGAAGCAGGCUGUUGCAUUUGUUUCCCUUGUUCUCACUGUUUUUUGUGAAGCAAAUCAAUUGAUGGAGUCCAUUGACUUGCAAAUUCCAGUAACUACAAUAAGAUUUAAACUUUCCUGUAUUGAAGAUCCUAGAAAACAAUAUGUUUUUUCAUUUUACAGCUUCUCCAAAUUAAAUCAUCACAACUGGUUGUACCUAGACUCGAUAUCUCAAAAACGCUGUUUAUCUUAUAAGAAACUACCUUUGACCGAAUGCACUUUGGAGAACAUUAAAGUGUUUAAAGGUCGAAGCAAGCAUAUAUCUUCUGGUGUCUGUGAACCCCCCUUUCAGAAUAUUAUACCCUUUGGCCUUUCGGAUCCGGGAGACAGAUAUGUGAGGCAGUCACUUGGUAAUGAUGCACGGCAUCCAGUGCUACCGCUUGCUCUUUCAUUUAGCGCUGCACCCCCUUUAUUUCAUCACCUCCAUUUCAAUCUGCUGAUGAAAAGCAGUAUUGCUUCGGUUAGUCUAAUGGACUGCGAUCCUGCUUGUUUUCUGGACCAUCAAGGAAAUACUGACCAGUCAACAACCAAUAAUCAGAUUUCCGAUCAAUGCUCUGUGAAAGUAGCUCCUAAAGGUACUUCCGGAACUUCUUCGUCGCAUGAGCUAUGUUUUGGAUGUCUCUCAUGUUCCAAAGCACAGCCAGGAACUAAUCCCUUGCCUGCUAGCGUGAACUGUGAUAGAAAAAUGUCAUCUCUACAAUUUGAAAACCAGAGUUCUGGAGGAACAGAGACUGAUGUUAUUGAGGAAUCCAAGAAUCCAGAAUGUUACGAUCUGGAAUCAGCAAGAACUUUUACCAAAACAAAAAUGCUAGCUUCCUUUAAUCAGGCCUCCCCAGUCAUUUCUGGUGACAGCAACUGUCAUAGUUUAAGUAGCAUGAGUGUUGAAAUUCCAGCAACUGAACAAGCCAAGAGCAAUGUUGAUGGUAAAUGGCCUGGUGUGCGUAGGGCUUCUGAUCUUACUUCUAAUAUCAGCGACGAUAUUAUCUUCAGUCCUGACACUUCUGGUAUGAGAAAUUUGUGGACUAGCAAUGAAAAUAACUUAACUUCUUCGCCUUUCGGAGAAGCCUCUCCUGUUUCGCAUGGUAGAAGAACAAACGUACCUAAAAGUGUCUCUAGUAAUGGAUGUAGGAGAGCACGAACUCAGGUCCAUUAUGCCUUGCCUUUUGGAGGUUCCGAAUUCAGUUCAAAACACAAACCUAUUGAUCCAAAUGACCAUCCGUUCAGACGAACUAGGCAAGCUAGUGAAAAGAGGACGCCUAAUGGUCUUAAAGGUUCUUUAAGGAAUCUGGAGUUCUUAGCAUGUUAUGCAAAUGUUCUAAUAACUCAAGGGGAUCGAGGUUGGAGGGAACCUGGGGGACAAGUUGUUCUGGAACUAGUUUGUCGUAAUGAGUGGAGACUUGCUGUUAAGUUCUCUGGAAGUACAAAGUAUUCUCAUAAGGUAGAUCAUGUUUUUCUACCUGGAUCAACAAACCGCCACACACAUGCCAUGAUGUGGAAAGGAGGAAAGGAUUGGGCACUGGAAUUCCCAAACAGGAGUCAAUGGAUGCUCUUUAAGGAAAUGCACGGGGAGUGUUACAAUCGGAACAUUCAUGUCCCUUCAGUGAAGUACAUCCCUAUUCCUGGCGUCCGUUUGGUUGAGGAAUUUGAAGAUAAUACAACAGAUUGUUCUUUUACUCGAAGUUCUGGCAGGUACAUUCGGCAGAUUGAGACUGAUAUUGACAUGGCUAUGAAUCCUUUGAAGAACUUCUAUGACAUGGAUAGUGAAGACGAGUUGUGGAUUGUGAAAAAUGAAAAAUCUUUCAAAACCCUGGACAGUAACCUAGUGAUUACUGAUGAAACUUUUGAAAAAACUAUGGACAUGCUGGAGAAACUUGCAUAUGCUCAAAAGUGUGAUCACUUAACUUCUGAUGAAAUAGAAAAGGUAAUGGUUGGGGUUGGGCCGACUGAAGUGGUCCGUGCAAUUUAUGAACAUUGGCAGCACAAGAGAAAGAGAAUUGGGAUGCCUUUGAUAAGGCACUUGCAGCCUCCAUCAUGGGAAAGGUACCAACAGGAAGUACAAGAGUGGAAUCAGUUGAUGGUCAAAGGCAACAGUAUCACUUCAUGUGGAGGCAAGAGGAAGGCACCACCUGUGGAGAAACCAACCAUGUUUGCUUUCUGUUUGAAGCCACGUGGUCUGGAAGUGCCUAACAAGUGUUCGAAGCAUAGAUCACAGAAGAAAUUUCGUGCUUCCGGCCAUGCUUUUGUAGGAGAUCAGGAUCGCAUUCAUACUUCUGGGAGAAGAUUUAACUCAUCUACAGUCAGAGAUGAGAAGGCUGCAUAUCUUGAUAUUAGUCCUGAAAAUUCAGAUAAUUUUUCAAUGCUUCAGACAUCAACAAUGACUUACAUGACAAGUGAUGCUGGUAGUCCUGAAUAUGUUUCAUUGAACGAUGAUGCAUCUGACUUGGAUUAUUACCCCAAGCCUUGCAAGAACAAGUCAAAGAAAAUUGGAGCAUUAAUGUCCCAUAGUAAUUUACAUGUACGGCGCUCACACAAACAGAGAACACCAGGGAAGAAAAAUGGUGUGCAGCAGCAGAGUAUGUAUCUACAUGACUGGCCAAGUCAGAAGCAUCACCAAACAGAAGUGUAUUCGAGGCAUGAGAUCAUGCAGUCAGGUGUGCAAGAUCUUGAUGAGUUGCGGGUGCGAGAAGCAUCUGGUGCAGCCAAGCAGGCAUCUAGCAUUGCAAGGUUCAAGAGAAAUAAAGCACAGAAAUUACUUUCUAGAGCAGAUUUCGCUAUUCAGGUUGCUGUGUCGGCUAUUAUGGCUGCGGAUGCAGUAAAAAGCCUCCUAUCACCGGAGCUAUGACGAGUAAAUUUGAAAUGAGAGGUUAUAUAUAUAAAAAAUUAGUUGCCCACUUCUGCUUGCUAGUAUGGCCAGAGAAAUUCAUAUAAAUAUGAGAGUCGCUUUGAUACUUCGCCCAUUAAAGAUCGCUUUGCAUCUUUGGUCAUGCCUUUAGGUUCAAUAAUUAGUUUGAAGGGGGCUGGUUUAAUAUGUCAGAUUGGUAGCAGCUAUGCCUUAACCCAGGCCAGAUUCUCAACUAACCAGUUCCAUUAUCCAGGCAUUUUUGGUAUGUAAAUAGGGAUCUUAUAACCAGUUAUAUCACUUUUAAGCUGCAGGUUUUUUUGAUGUGGUGUACUGCUCAUCUGGUAAUGGGCAUGUAUGCUUGUAUAGCGUCCCUCUCAGCCUGGUUGCCUUUCGCAGAUAUUUUGAUACCCUUUCUGCUUUGAUCUGAUAUGAUGAUGAAAAUAGCUAGAACAAUACUGUAUAUUCUUGGAUACAUGUGAAUGACAUUACAUUUGUGCUGAGAGCUUACGUCAGGUACUAGGGGGUGAUUUUAAUCUUUUCAAUUUCUUUAUUAUA